AUGCUGAGAAAGAAGAGUCAAAGUAAAGGAAACACCCAAAAAUUAUAAGUAGAAGUGGACAUCAUGGUUUGAUUGUUUCUUAUUCAUCUAGGAAUAACGAAUUGUGGGACUUAAAUAAAUAUUGCAAUCUCAAAAGGAGACUACUAAAGAGAGAAUGCUAACAAGUCAGGGAUCCACAAGAUGGUCAGCAGCUUCGACUAAUGUUCCUCUUAGAAGUACGUUAGUGUAUUGCUACAAAUAGAUUAUGGGAAGCAUGUUUUAGAAAAACAUAGGGAAGUUGCAAAGACAUUCCAACAGAAGAAUAAAUUAAGCAAAGUGCCAUCCAGGCCAUCUUCUCGUUCUAGUUCACUUUCUAAAUAGAGCAAGCAAUCGGAAACUCAAUCACAAUAGAAUCAGAGCUUCUUGUCGUAGAGUCUCAACUUUGCAGGGAAGAAUUCAGCAAAUGAAAAUUUGAAACGAGCACUCCAAGUCCAAUAAUGUAAAUCUUACAGACUUAUAUUAGUUAGAAUACUCUAAUGAAGUUGUCAAAUUCCUCAAUUCCAUUAAUCUUGAUAAACAUGCAGGAGUAAUACUUGAAAAUGGAUUUGAAGAGAUGGAGCUUUUAAAGGAAAUAUCGGUAGAUCAUCUCAAAGACAUGAACAUACCUCCCAUGGAUGCCAGGAAGCUAUUGAACCGAGUGCAAAAACUAGUGGAAACAGAGUAAAGACAACUACUUCAAUCUUAAAAAUAAGCUUAACGUUUAAAAGAAUCCUAAAGCCACAUAAAAGAGAUUGCUAACUCGGAAAUCUAUGAUGAGGAGGAACAACACAGAUUGUUUUAGGAAGCAGUUAUGGAAUACAGACAGUAAUAGAAAUAAUAGAAAGAAUUGAAGGAAUAAGCAAUACAGCAUACAGAAGAAAUAAUAAUUGAAGAUGAAUCAUUAGGUUACAUAUCAAGUAAAUAGAAUAAAAAAGAAGAAUAAUAAAGAAAUAAAAUGAAGUUCCUCUUAUCAGGUGCAAACGAAUGGAAAAUGUUUGAUGUUGAUUAUGAUUAAACUUAAGGGACUGAUUAACAGCCUGUUAUAAUUGAUAAAACCUCUUGCUACUAAUGUUAUAGAUUAUUCGACUAAAAAUUCUCCAUUGGCAAUAAUGGCAAAGAAUUUUGUUCAAAUUAGUGCCUUGAAUCUUACAAACUAUAAAACUUAGUAAUAAAUUAUUGUGAUUUUUAGUAUCUCUGUCGAUCUCAGUCAUGUGCUAAACAAAUUGAUAUUGCUUAAGCGUAUUAUGAAAUUGGCUAAUGGUUCUGUAAUUAAGACUGCUUUAAAUAAUAUUAAUGGGAAAGUGUCAACAUCAGAGGUAGAACCCACAUUAGUUUAUGA